CACAUCCACCGCAUGCCUCGAAUACCCACUGUUACUCCAAGGACGAGCUUUCUUGGCAAGCUGGCUCCACUCUGGAGCACAGGAGGGGGUGUAUAUAAAACACAUCCCUGCUGUUGACCCACCCUAAAACAAGUGCUGGAUUUCUCUGCGUUUGAAUCCGAGAAGAUGCUCUUCCAUGCAAGAUUUCGGCUGGUGCCGUUGCUACUUACUGUGGCGACUAGGUUAUAUGGUGCCAGCGUAGGACACACAGAGCGGGAUAACAGCCCGAAGGUCACCCAACUAUCAGGAUGGGAUGGAGAUGAGCAGGAAGUUGCAGAUAUGGUACGCGUACCCCGCAGUGCCAGUGAACAGCCGAUUGGUCCAUCUGCCCAUUCAACACAUUCCACUGAAGACGUGCCAUGUGAUGAAGAGCAUCUAGCUCGCAGUCGUGCCACGGAUGACUUCCUGUCAGCCCUGAAAAGGGAGAGUGAACUAGGGAGGAUGGAUUCCCAGCAGUUCGGAAUAUGUUCAUCUGGAACUUCAGGUUUGCAGAUUUCACAUCUAGUACAGAGUUUGGACCAAAAACGAAGUGGCCUCAAGGGUGUACAUGCCACAAAAGUAGAUAUUUGGGAUGCUGAGAAGAAAGGAGAGAUGACUUUAACCCUCACAUUCCCAAGGCAUGCUCAACCAACCAGCCCAGCCUCUGUGACGCUCCUGUUCAGUGUCGAUUCCAUUAAAGGAGAUGGUUUGAGAGUGAAAUUCAAUAGUCAUUCCAUCCAUCCAAAUACACAGACGGUUUGCAUUUCUGAGGCUACACGUUUCCUGGUCCUUACAGCAGGACAAAGUCAUGCCCACGUUCACCUUAAGCUAAGUGUAACAAUUGAGACAUGGAAAGAUGAAAACGAGCCGAAACCCAGUGUGUCUGAGCUUCAGGAAGUGUUGAUGAGAAAAGUAGAUGGCAGCAAUGUGUCAAUGAGGCCGAUCUUAGUUUUCCUCUCUGACCGUGAUGAGCAAAGGACACCACACUUAAACUAUCACGGAAAUCCACUGGAUGGGAAACUCCCACCCAGAACUUCUUUCCUCUGCGAGCUGCAGAAGUUCUUGAGUGACGUCCUUCCUCAGAAAGAGGGACCGACGUCUCAGGAAGGUGCAAACAGUGUCUCUUUGGAUGCGCUGCAUUCCCUUCCACCUCUCAGCCUUGGAGUGUCAUCCACAGAGACCCUGCUGUCAGGACUGGUGAAUUCCUCCAUGCCGACUGUAUUUGUCUUCCCUGAGACACAGCAAGGCCUGCAGACUCACAGAGUGGAGGUGACACUAGAUUCUCCUCUGCUAUCUGUGCUCCGAAUGAGACUGGAUGAAGCCAUGGCUCAGGUGAAACAGCAGGAGGCGGGGCAAAAGGUGAUUGACAGGCUUCAGAAACUGAGUAAACUAAGUGCCCCUUCUCCAGAAGGAGAGGACGAUGAAGCGGUCGCUAAGGACCACAAAGAGGCCCAGUACCGGUCUGUUUUGCUUCUGAAGGCCCUGCAGGUGGUACUCAGUACCUGGGAGGUGGAAAGAGCUCAGAGAGCAGCCAGAGCGGAUGAAGAUGGCUCAUCAGUGCCCAGUCAGUGUCGGCUUCAGAGCUUGUCCGUGUCCUUGAGGAAGUUCUUACUUGAGCCCUCUAAAGUCAACAUCAACAACUGUGAGGGAGAGUGUGGAUUCCCCCUGACCAGCAGCAACAACCACGCCAUCCUCCUGAACAGCCAUAUUCAGAGCGGAGAGCCCGUCAAUCGCUCUCUCUGCUGCGUACCGGUGGAGUUUGAUGACCUGUGUGUGAUCGAGCUGGAGAGCGAGGGCACCAACAUCUCCUUCAAGACCAAUGUGGUAGCGACCAAGUGUGAAUGUCGCUGACGCCCUCCUUUUGCUCUUUGAAAUGCGCUUAUGCAUGCGUAUAUAGCAACAUAUGAAUAAAACCUCAUACGUCUGCAUUUAUUUUUGCUUGUAAAUAAAUACACAAAGCUCUAGGUUUUCUCAAACUGACCUGAUACAUAUGCAAACGUACAACACAAACUGUCAUUUGAAGUGUAAAUUAGGUAAUUAGGGGGACAUUUUGCAUAUUCAAUGAACACAAUUUUAGACCACUUUAGAUGUAUGAAAUAAUUAGCUGUCCUGUUAACCGAGAUCUGCAUCAGUGCUGAGCACAUUAAAAUAUUUGGCUGUGUUAGAAUAAAACAAAUAUUCAAAAAGCACGUUUUCUCUGUCUAUUCACUAUGAUUCCUGAAAAUUUUUAGGUUUAUAUGAAACAUUUCAGAUGAACAUUUUUAUACAAUAUAUAUAUAUACACA